AAGAAGAAGAAGAAGAAGAAGAAACGUGUUUACAUUUUACCGGAAGUUCUGCACAAACUUUUAUGGAACUGAACCAUGAUUCGAAUUCAGAUUCGUUUUAUUUAACCCGAUUAUUUCUAGAUUAGAUCUGGAACGCGUUAAAUACAUCUAUAUCUUAAAAAUAUGUAAAAUUGCAAAAGUUAUUCUUUAUUUGUAGUCGAAGAAGCUACACGCCUGGUGUCGUCAUUUCCGUUUAAUCGAGCUCUGUUGAAAAAAAAUCCAUAUUUAAUUAUAAAGUACUACAAAUAUCUUAAGAGAGAAAUAUAAAAUGGCUAAAACAGCAAAUGCCGCAAAAUUCACUUCCGCGUUUGCGGGAUGACGUUGUACGCUGACGUAAUGACGUGGAAAUUCCGCGACACAGGCUUCAGUGCAGUGAGAGCUAACAACAGAGGUGUAUAUGGAUUAAUGUAGGUACUGGAACAUGACUUGUAAAGUUUAUUCAUGGUAGUUAGUCAACUUUAUUUUGUUUUUGUUUAUUUUUUAACGAAAUUUAACGAGCUUUAAGAGAGAGCGCGCGCACGCGGAGGAUGAAUGAUGAGUGCACGUGACAGCAGCAGCAGUGAGGAUGAAAACACAGACAGGAUUAAAGAGGCGGUGUGGAGUUUUGGAGCUGAAACACACAAGAUGCAUGAAGAUGGAGAGAAACACACACACAGUAAGAGUUUCAAUGUCGACAGACUGAAAGUGUCUGAGCACGAACACGACGGCAACCAGCUGAAGACCACACCAGAGUUCCGCUCUCACGUCGCCAAGAAGCUCGGAGCCAUGCUGGACAGUGUGAUCUGUGAGGUCUCCAGAGAGACUCCUGACUGUAAACCUGUGCCGUGCGAAAACACACAGGAUGAAGCUGAUGAUGGUUUUCGGCUUUUCUCCACAUCGCUUCCUGGUAACUGGAGGGAGGAGCCAAAGCAAGCCCCGCCCCCUAAACGCAGACCUGCACCCAGCUCCAGUGACAGUGACAGUGAGAUGGAGUCGAGGCUGAGGGAAGCAGCUGUAUCCGUAUCAGAUCUGCUUCCUUCCUCCUUCACAGAGAGACGACAAGAGAACGAAAGGACGGACGCUGGAGCGAGGGAUGAGGAGAGUGCUGAACCGAAGAAGAAGAAGAAGAAGAAGAAAAGGGAGGUUGUGACAGAGAGAGAGGAAGACGAGUGGUUAGAGCAGGGAGAUGGAGCUGUCAGUCAGGAACAGAGCAGAGAGAAAAACACACUGAAGAAAAAGAAGAAAAAGAAGAACGUGAACGAGGGAGUGAAAGAGUGAGAGAAUGAAAGAGUGACUGUAGCAGUUCUUUAUUGUUUAACUGCUGUUUGUUCUUGUUUCAUGUUUUUUUUUUAAUAAAUAAUGUUUUGUUAUAUAAAAAAGAAAACUGCACUGAUUCCAGAUUAAAGUUUUAGUAUUAUUUUUUUAUUUUAAAUAUUUAUUUUUAUUUUUAUUCUUUAAAUCUCAGUUUACGGUGAUUUAUCAAGUCUCACAAGCCUGACUUCUCUUAAAUCCUGUACGCUGCGUCACUCAAUGUAGCGAAGGACCGCCUACUUUCGCAUAAUGAGGCAGUUGGACCAAUCACAGAACUUUUCUCCCAGCUCAUCAGCAAACACGCAAACUUCUCGUUAAUCAUCAGUAACGUUUAAAGAUGGGAUUCUGUGAACUUUUCCAGUCUUGCUCCAAAAAAAGCUCAUUGUGUCACAGCGUUUCAGAGGUUUGUUUUCCUGCUGAAAACCGGAGAGCCAAUCAGAUUGCAGCCUUCAAGAUUCUGAAUCUUGCGGCCAGAAAGGUGUACGAUAGCUAUCACACACUGUGGUGGUGCGAGUGUGAGUGGUGUGUCUGAGACUGAUGAGUUACGAUAUAUGAACAUUAUCUUAGUGAAUGACGUCAGAAAUAUCGUCCAAACACACGUAACGAAACAGAAGGCGCGUUCGCGUCCUGCAUCCUUUCUUCACUUCUUUAGAGGUUUAUUUUCCGUCAUACUGAAUUAUUACUUUUCUCGCAACUUCUCUUAUUCCUCGUACUUAUCAUUCUCUUAUUGCUUUUUGAGCUUUAGAUACAGUUGAUAAUUUUAAAAAUAUUUAAUUAUAAAGUUUGAAAAUUGUCCUUUGAAUGCAGAUUGAAUGACUCUCAGUUUGAAUUCCAACUGCCCCUGAUGAUGUCACACGGCACCUCAGAGCCGACCAAUCAGCAGCUCUUCAUCUGUCGCUCUUUACAUUACUUCCUCUUUCUUUCCUUUUUUAUCU